CUUUCCUUCACUAGUGAACACAUCAUUUUGUUUCUCUCUGAGACCUCAGUUUGAUCAAGAGUGGUAUAGAUGGGUGCGGCAUUCACGAAGCUUUUUACUCCAAAGAAUGAGUUGCGUAUUCUGCUGGCUGGUCUAGGUGCCGCUGGGAAGACUACAAUCUUGUACAAACUCAAGUUGGGAGAGACUGUCACAACUAAUCCUACCAUUGACGUUCCUACCAUUGGCAUUCCUACUGUUGGUUUUAAUAUAGAGACCGUGGAAAGCAAAAACAUCAAUUUCAUCUUCUAUGAUGUUGGCGGCCAGAUGAUGAAUUCAAGUUAUUUGACUACGUCUUUCCUCCGCCGAUACCCACAAGGUUUGAUCUAUGUUGUGGAUAGCAAUAACAGAGAUCGAGUUCAUGAGGCAAGAGAUCAGUUGCACUGGUUAUUGAAUCAGGAUGGGUUGUCAGAUGAUGCUGCGCUGCUGAUUUUCGCUAACAAACAAGACAUUCCUAAUGCGAUGAAUGUUGCUGAGAUAACUGAGAAGCUUGAUCUUGACUCCCUCAACAAUCGUAAAUGGCACAUCCAGAGCACAUGUGCAACCUCUGGAGAAGGUCUAUAUGAGGGUUUGGAUUGGCUUUCCAACAACAUUGCUAACAACGAGAUUGUUGGCAGUUGAAGGUUGUAUUUUGGUGGUAGAGGUUUGUGCAAGUCAUAUAACGAGGCGUAAACACAUAAAUUUCUAAUGCAGCGGGCUCCAAUCUCACAGGAUUUGGCUUGUCAAUAAAACUAUAAACAUCUGGCCAACUUUAACCGCUGGACCAUAUGUAGAACGUCAAAACGAAUAAUGUACUGAGUACUGUGUUUCAAGAUGGAGAUUUGAUCUACAUUCUUAUUUUUUCUUUCCA